CACAUUUGAAUUAACCAAAUCCGGAUAACGAGCAGUUACCAGAAAAUCCAAAACGACCCCAUAACGAAAAACUUUUGAAGCAAAAUGUGAGCCUCACAAAUCUCUUCAAUCUUCUCUCACAGGCACACGCUCAUACAGCAGCCAUGCGAAUUCUUCAAGCUCCAGCUUCAGUGUACGUGACAUCACAAUGCUCAAAAUCCAGAGAUGCGAAGUUUCUAAAUGGAUGUAUUCGACAUUCCGCCAUGCUCGAUUCUCUUCUAUCUCGAAGGAUUGUGCAACGAAGAGUUUGUUUAACACGUAGGUGUGUGAACUCUGUUUCUGGUAAAGCUGCUUCUCUAGAAGAUGACGCUUCAUCAAUGUUGACUAGAGAAGCUGAAAGUGAUGUGUUAAAAGCCUUGUCGCAGAUUAUUGAUCCAGACUUUGGAACCGACAUUGUGUCAUGUGGAUUUGUGAAGGAUUUGGAUGUUGAUGACGCUUCAGGAGAGGUUUCGUUCCGGUUGGAGCUCACCACACCAGCAUGUCCAAUCAAGGACGAGUUUGAGCAGAAGGCUAAUGAGGUGGUCGCAGCUCUUCCCUGGGUGAAAAACGUCAAUGUAACGAUGUCAGCUCAACCCGCAAAGCAGAUUUUUGCCGCACAACUUCCUGCUGGGUUACAGAAAAUAUCAAACAUAAUAGCAGUUUCAAGCUGCAAGGGAGGUGUGGGGAAAUCAACUGUUGCUGUAAACCUGGCAUACACUUUGGCUGGGAUGGGAGCUAGAGUUGGUAUCUUUGAUGCUGAUGUAUAUGGUCCUAGUUUGCCGACUAUGGUCUCCCCUGAAAAUCGGCUGCUUGAAAUGAACCCAGAAAAGAAGACUAUAAUUCCGACAGAAUACAUGGGAGUCAAGAUGGUAUCUUUUGGAUUUGCCGGACAAGGGCGUGCAAUAAUGCGAGGUCCAAUGGUUUCUGGGGUCAUCAACCAACUACUGACUACCACAGAGUGGGGAGAGCUUGAUUAUCUUGUUAUUGAUAUGCCCCCUGGAACCGGUGAUAUUCAGCUUACCUUAUGCCAGGUGGUCCCUCUAACUGCUGCUGUGAUAGUUACUACUCCUCAGAAGCUUGCAUUCAUUGAUGUUGCAAAAGGAGUCCGCAUGUUCUCUAAGCUAAGGGUACCAUGUGUCGCAGUUGUAGAAAACAUGUGCCACUUCGAUGCAGACGGGAAACGCUUUUACCCAUUUGGUAGAGGAUCAGGAUCACAGGUUGUGGAGCAGUUUGGAAUCCCUCAUCUGUUUGACCUUCCAAUCAGACCAACUCUGUCUGCUUCCGGUGACAGUGGAAUGCCUGAAGUGGUGGCUGAUCCUCAAGGCGACGUUGCUGAAAUAUUCCAAAACCUGGGAGUUUGUGUGGUACAACAAUGUGCAAAGAUCCGCCAACAAGUUUCAACUGCUGUGAUGUAUGACAAGUCCAUCAAGGCAAUCAAGGUGAAAGUGCCGGAUUCAAACGAAGAGUUUCUCCUACAUCCUGCAACUGUUAGACGAAAUGACCGUUCUGCCCAAAGUGUGGAUGAAUGGACCGGGGAGCAAAAAUUGCAAUACGGUGAUAUCCCAGAAGACAUAGAACCCGAAGAAAUUCGACCCAUGGGAAACUAUGCAGUUUCAAUUCAAUGGCCAGAUGGAUUUAGCCAGAUUGCUCCUUACGAUCAGCUACAAUCAAUGGAACGAUUGGUUGAUGUGCCUCAACCGAUACCUGCAUAGGUGAGCGAAUCUUAAUAUGAGCGUGCGCACACAUUUAUACAUAUGAAUUCAGUGUGGAUAUAGAAUUCUAGCCACAUUGCAUAUCAUGUUAAAUUCAGUUAGGUGUUAGAGACCUAGAGCAUUCUUUAAAACAUAUUUGUAGCGAAUAAACAUUAUAUAACAAGUACAUUUAUUACCCUAUCAUUCACAAUAUAAAUCUAUUGGGAUGGUC